AAUUAAAAUUUGCAAACACUUCCCAAUUCCCAUUUCCCAACUUGUAUUUCUCCUUCUCCUUUUUUCUCCCAAAGAAACGUUACUUGUAUUUCUCUUCUUUUUGUGAUUAGUAGAGUACAACUAUAAACAUCAACAACAAUUACUUUUUUUCUUUUUUUUUUCUUUUUUUUUAUUUUUUUUAUAAGAAGCUUUACUCUUUAAUGGUGGUGCUUCAAAAAUGGCAGUAGAUCUAAUGCAUAAUUCUUCUUCUUCUUCUCAUAAUAAUCUUUCACUUUCUCUCUCUUCUUCUCAUAUGGAAGAAGCCAUUGUUCACGAAACUUCUGCUGGUCUUCAAAGUGUUCAUAAUUUUCUCCAACUUCUCUCUCUAAAACAAGAACAUCCUUCCACUACGUCGUCGCCUGCGGGUAAUUUUAGCGAUAAUUAUAAAAAUAAAAUGGAAAUUGAUUUGAACUGUCAAGCGGUUGCAGACGACGCCGUUUCGAGAUUCAAGAAGGUGAUAUCGUUAUUAGGUCGAGAUAGGACGGGCCAUGCGAGGUUUCGUCGUGGGCCGGCUGUUGAGCAGGUUAAGCAACAGUCAAACGGUGUCGUUUUAUGUCCGAAACCUCUGCAACAAGUACCGACGAUGAAAAUGAACGGCUGUGAUUUUAAAUCAGUAACACCGACGGGUACGAUUAAUUUCUCGUACUCGUCUCCUAUUAUCUCGGCCGGUAAUUCAGUGAAGUCAACGUUGACCGGCGAUGUUGAAAUGAAGCAUGAGAGUCUAGGUGAUAAAAUAAAUCUUCUAGAUUCAUCCCUGCUUACGGCUUCGACAACGACGUCGUUUCAGAUGACGAAUUACUCCGGUGCGGUAUCGUCAGUAGGGCGACCACCUCUUUCUCAUACGACGUCGUUUAAAUUAAGGAAGUGUUAUUCCGAGAAUGGCAAGUGUGGUGGGCCCUCAGGUCGUUGUCACUGUUCUAAGAAGAGGAAAAUGAGGCUAAAGAGGAUAGUAAGAGUACCAGCAAUAAGCUCAAAGAUGGCAGAUAUACCACCAGAUGAUUAUUCAUGGAGAAAGUACGGUCAAAAACCCAUUAAAGGUUCCCCUCACCCAAGGGGAUACUACAAGUGCAGUACAGUAAGAGGAUGCCCAGCUAGAAAACAUGUAGAGAGGGCUUUGGAUGAUCCAAACAUGCUGAUAGUGACCUAUGAAGGAGAACACAACCACUCCCUCUCCGUCGCCGAAACUUCCAGCUUAAUCCUAGAGUCAUCUUAAUCAUUUUAUUACAACUUAAUUAGCAUACUUGAUUAUGUAGUAAUCAUCAAUUUAAAAAUCAUAAUAUACAUUUGGCACAGCUGAAGAACUCCUGCUAAACAUGAUCUCGAAGGAGAUUUUAGUGGGUUAGGUUAAUACAAGUAUUAAGGAUGUAACACUCUCUUUCAAUUGAUUGAUUACCUUUUUCUUUGUA